UUUUCCAGCUCUUGCUUUUGGACACUCACUUCUUUACAUAUAAACCCCUAGCUUUAAAAAUAUCACCGAUGAUCACACUUUCCAAUAACCCUACCUUAAACCCAGUACCAAUGCCUCAGGACGACGAUGAAGACCCUCGAAACGGCGCCGUAGAGGCAAACGACCACGCCCACCAAAGCCCCUUAAAGAAGCCCAGACUGACCCGACCCAUUUCUGAACCCGACAUUCUGCAAGAGUUCUCCCACCACCAACAGGGCUUUGCCAGAAUUAACAACGGCAGCUUUGGGAGCUGCCCGCGGUCAGUUCUCUCUGCCCAGAAUACGUGGCAUCUCCGAUUCCUGCAGCAACCCGAUGAGUUUUUCUUCAACUCGCUCCGAAAGGGGAUCCUCGAGUCACGCGCCGCCGUGAAGGCUUUAAUCAACGCCGACGACGUUGAUGACGUGUCACUCGUCGACAAUGCUACAACCGCCGCCGCUAUCGUCCUCCAGCAGGUCGGCCGCCAGUUCGCUGACGGAAGCUUCCGCAAGAACGACGCCGUCAUCAUGUUCCACUGCGCGUUCCCGGCGGUGAAGAAAUCCAUCGGCGCAUACAUCGGCCCCGCUGGUGGCUCCGUCGUGGAGGUUCGGCUUCCCUUUCCAGUUCGCAGCGAUGAGGAGAUUAUUGCGGAGUUCAAGAAGGGGCUUGAGCGAGGUAAGAUUAAUGGCGGAAGGGUUAGGUUUGCGAUGAUUGAUCACAUAACUUCGAUGCCUUCGGUUGUUCUUCCCGUUCGGGAAUUGAUUAGGAUUUGCAGGGAGGAAGGUGUGGACCAGGUCUUCGUCGAUGGCGCCCACUCCAUAGGGAGCGUGCCUGUCGACGUGAAGGAAAUUGAUGCUGAUUUCUACGUGAGCAAUUUGUAUAAAUGGUUCUUUGCACCGCCUGCUGUGGCUUUCUUACACUGCAAGAAUUCGAAAGGUUUGGUGGAUUUGCACCACCCAGUCGUGUCCCAAGAGUAUGGGAAGGGGUUGGCGUUAGAGAGCUCCUGGGUUGGGAACAGAGACUAUACUCCCCAGCUCGUGGUGCCGUCGAUUUUGGAGUUUGUGAACCGGUUCGAAGGUGGUAUUAAGGGGAUCAUGAAGAGGAACCAUGAUGGGGUUGUGAAGAUGGGGACUAUGCUGGCUGAAUCAUGGGGAACAAUGCUGGGGUCGCCGCCAGAGAUGUGCGCAAGCAUGAUCAUGGUUGGAUUGCCUUCUAGGCUAUGUGUGACGAGUGAUGAUGAUGCCAUGAGUUUAAGGACGCACCUGAGGGUGUAUCACAGGAUUGAAGUUCCUACAUAUUACCAGGCUUUGAGGAAUGAAGAUAGGGAUCCCAAGGACAAGGACGGAUUUAUAACUGGUUAUGUUAGGAUAUCUCGUCAAAUUUAUAACACAGAUGAGGAUUAUCAUAGGCUUAAGAAUGCAAUUAAUCAGAUUUUGGAGGAUGGGAAAAUUUGCAGCAUGCUUCCUGUUGAGUGAUCCAAAAAGAGCGAAUAGGUAUUUUUUCCAUGACAACUUCACCCGCUUUUGAAUUGUUCGAUUUUAAACUAACAUAUGCUUGAAGAGCACAUUUUAUGAGUAUACCCAAUUUUCCUGUUGUGCUUGGAGUUAAACAUUUAUUCCACCUAGUUGCUUUGCAAUUUAACAUGUAGCAUAGCUUGAUAGCUUCUGAUCUCUGUAUGUCUAUAAUUGAUUGUACCUAUGAUUGAAAUUGUUAAAAGAAACCAUUAAACCAA